AUGUCGGUCUCUUAUGAUUCAGUUGAUACUCUUAAGAAUGCAACUUGGGUGGCUGUCUUAUUGAGUGAACGAGAUGUCGCGGCACAGAUUCCAAUCAACUUCAUCACCAAUCCCGCGGUGUCAUUGUCAUCUGCGUGCUUUGGAGCUGGCCUUUAUGAUAGAAAAGAGGCUGCAAAAUGUAUAUCCAACUUGCUCUCAGUCGGAUACCGACGUUUAAUAGCCGACAUAUAUUGGUCGGUGGAACGCAGGACGUGGACCUUUUGCCCUGUUGAAGUCCCUGCAAGGGCUGAUGUGACUGUUUCGGCAUACACGUCGACGAUCACCAGCUCGUCUAUGACAUCUACAGUUACCGCUAUUGACACUGACACUGCUACGGCGACAUCAACAACGGAUGCCGCGGAUGCUAUGGUCACGGGUUAUCAAGACUCUUACGGUGACAUGAUCUAUGAGAUUGGACCAUACAGAUGCACUCAAAGUCUGGAUUUGUACUCAUUGGUAGAGGUCCUCGUUGGAUAUUUCCAAGACACCUCUUCUGAGUUGGAAGUAUAUAUGAAUUGGCUAGUGUUGAAUCUUCAUGUUGCAGGCAGUGAUUCCGCACCCACGGAGCCGGCAUCUGCAGUAACAGGGAAUGAUCUACCAACAUCUCAGACGGAACGCCCGGGAUCAUUCUUUGGGGUUGAACUACGAGACUACAUAUAUACUCCGUCUCAACUGGCCAAGGAUCGCAGUAAUUUAAACGAAUCGUGGUAUGAGGUUGACGAGGAUUAUAUGCCCAUCGUGGAGUAUUACACCAUUAAUAAAGACAACGAAGGCCAACAAAGCACUCCAGAUGGAUGGCCAUCCGCCAAAUACAUUCAGUUUAAAAGGUCCGAUCGAAUUCUGGUCGAGUAUGGGACGGUUGAUCCGCAACUGGCCGAUUAUAAUCUGACUCAAGAUGAGGACAGCAUCUUCGGUCUGAAUUAUAUGACUGACAGUGUGAAAACAUCUGUCUCUAAGAAUGGGACUUUGACUUCAGGCUGUUUAUAUGAACUGGGUGCUACCGCUGUAUCCCAAGCGAACUCGUCAUGGGCAACUAGUCGCAUUCCUGUUUCUGAUGAACAAUCCACAGACGGCACCAUGGGGCAAAUGACAGAUGUUAUCUCUAAUAUGCUAGCCUGCGGCAUGUCCCCGAUGCUCAACGACACCCUUUUUAACCAAAGUGCCGAUGCCAACAUUGAUUAUUAUCGAAAUGUCUCGCUUUCUUCGGGUUGGGCCUGGGCAAUCGGAGAGCCGCAGGGCGCAGCAACUGGUGGCGGUUCAGAUGGCAUACCAGCAUUUGAUCGCUGCGCAAUUAUGGAUUUGACGCUGGCAGGCCACUGGCGUUCAACCAACUGCAGUGACGUUCGCCGCGGUGCUUGUCGAGUAGGCAAUUCUCCGUACUCGUGGACUCUGACCAAUGCAACGGCCAACUAUUGGGAUAUCUCGAUCCAUUGCCCGCCAGGCUCAAGUUUUGCUGUACCACGCACCGCGCUUGAAAAUACCUAUCUCUAUAAAUUUCUUUCCGAUGAGUCUUCGUCUAUCCUAGAUGCGACCUCUACCGACCCUGCUUAUCGUGAAGUCUUGCUCGAUUUCAAUUCGAUUGAUGUCACUUCUUGCUGGGUUACCGGUGGACCUGACGCAUCUUGUCCAUACGCAUCUGAUCCACAGCAGCUUGAACGGAGGACAGUCAUUGUUGCAGCUGCUGCCUCGGUCGUCGUUUGUGCUAUCUUCGCCUUGACUGUCUUCAUCAAGUGUAAUGCCAAUCGGCGAAACUCGCGACGUCGAAAGCGUGUCAUUGAAGGUUGGGAAUAUGAAGGUGUUCCCUCUUAA